AUGGAGCUGGGUAGAAAGCGUCCUCCGCCUUUCAAAUUGAGAUCCCUUCUAUCUACGCCGUUCAAAUUGCGGUUGAAUUUAUCAAUAGAAAGUGAGACAAGAAGGUUCUUCCGGGCCUCGUCGUCAAACACCUCCCGAGCGGCACGACUGUCGCCGGCUUCAUAUUAUCUUUUCAGUGCCCCGUUAGACGGUUGCGAAGGGCUCCUUCCCCGGGGCCGUCCUGAAAGAUACGCCAGACCUACCCCUUGA